AUGAGAGAGAUUAUUCACCUUCAGGCAGGCCAAUGUGGUAACCAAGUCGGCAUAAAGUUUUGGGAGGUAAUAUCUGACGAACAUGGCCUCGAUGUGAUAGGAGAAUAUCGCGGUGACUCUGACCUCCAGUUAGAACGUAUAAAUGUCUACUUCAACGAGGCUGCCGGAGGAAAAUAUGUACCUAGGGCCAUUCUCGUGGAUCUGGAGCCUGGAACCAUGGAUACUGUCCGCUCGGGUCCAAUGGGUCAACUCUUUCGGCCCGAUAACUUUAUUUCGGGCGACAACGGAGCCGGAAACAAUUGGGCUAAAGGACACUAUACUGAAGGAGCUGAGUUGGUUGAGACGGUAUUGGAUGUCACUCGGAGAGAAGCUGAGGCCUGCGACUGUUUGCAGGGGUUUCAGUUGGGCCACUCACUUGGUGGUGGCACAGGCUCUGGCAUGGGAACUCUGAUGCUAUCCAGAAUACGUGAGGAAUAUCCUGACCGCAUUGUUGGCACAUUCUCCAUCGUACCAUCACCCAAGGUGAGAAAAUAUAGAUUUUGUUAG